AUGCGAGCGGUACUGCCAGGCAGACCCCCAGCUAAGCUCCAGUCGUUCAGCACGGCGCUCUGGAAUGGUCUUCGCGUUGUUGCAUACAUUUCUGGUCAUGCGCUGGUCAUCCUCGGCGGUCCCCAAACACUCCUCCAAACGAUCUACGUCGACGAUACCGAUAUACUUGAAGCUGUCGUGAUUGAUGAAUCGUCUGGAAAGAUUGCUGUCUGUGGUGGCCCCGAUGUGUUUGUGUACCAGCCGUAUGGCAUCCAGGGUGAAACGCUCAAGGUGCGCACCCAGCCCGCUCUACGUGGCCCGAACUACCAAUGGUCCCUCCUGAACACGUUUCGUGCCUCCGAUGACGACGAACCGAUCUAUACUUUAUCGUGGGGUUCCGCGAAUGAGCUCCUAGUGGGUAACUCCCGCCUCGCCCUUUGGUUCAUGAACGAUGAGCCGCGCCUAGUAUGGAAAAGGAAGCUUGCUGCGCCGGUCAAAUUUGCCCAGUUCUCGCCUGAUUCAGCUUUGAUUGUCACAGUCGGACGGUAUGACCGAUUGGCCAAGAUCUGGAGACGACUUGCGUUCGGCGCAGACGAGGUUCGAUUCGAGGUCUCGUAUCUGCCACAUCCUGACGUUGUGACCGGCAUACACUGGCGACUACCCCGGCAUCCCGAACAAUCUAUGGAUAACGUUCUCUAUACAUUUUGCGCCGACAAUAAGAUUCGAGUAUGGGCUGUGACAGACCACCAUGCACUAUCUGCGUUGCAAUUAUGGACGGAGAUUGACAUGGGAAAGUCGGUUCAGCCGAGACUUGCGUCGGACAAACAUCAUGGCUCACAUCGACGGUAUGGAUUCAUUCUUGAUGGCCGCGAUUUCUGUGUCGCAACAGAGCGCGCUAUUCAGCGAAGCACCGGGAACGGAGCGAAUCAUGCGUUAGAACAUAUUAUCGAGGUUGCGAGCAAUGCCCCGGAGAUAUGCGUUGUCACCGAUGGCGAGGGACACAUGUCUGCCUGGGCAUUGGAGGACGUUGGCUCCAAAGCAAAGACCAAUCUAAGUGUCUUCAAUAUUCUGCAUGUGGAGGGCUUGGAAUUCGGAUUUGCAUUUGACAGAGCACCACAAGAGGACUAUGCACAAAUUAGCGCAUUCCAGAGUACAUUAUCCGACGACAAGUUGACUGUUCUAGUCCAUCACUACGAUGGCCGGAUUGAGUGGUAUGACUCCCACGUGGAUGUCCUCUUCGAUCCCGCGCCUCGCAAGAAGCGAAUAACCCAAAGGGCCUCUUGGUCGGGUCACACUGCUCCUGUGAAGAAGAUUGUUCGCAACGCAACUGGCGAUACAUUGGUGUCGCGUACUAAUGAAAAUAAAGCCACUGUGUGGAAGCAGCAGCGCCGAAAUGGGGGGUCAAUUGCGCACAAGAGUGUUCUCCUCUCAGAUGAGCAUAUUCAUCGGACGUGUGUGAUUGACGACACUGAUCUUCUGGUCAAUCUUCAUCACAAAGGCAUCUCACUGUGGGAUUUCAGCGCAAACCAUGCUAAGAAGCUGGCUUCUCUGCCGUUUACCAAACCCACGAAACCCCUUUGUGUCUUGUCAAUCCCCAGCACCGAAACACAUCCAGGCGUUGCCUAUAUCGCAACAAUAUGGGCCGAUAUGCGCGGAAUUGUGUGGGAAGUGCGGUCGCCUAGUCUCGAUGACCGAAAAACAACACCCGAAACCAAUCCAGAUCAGAUUAUGCGUGCAUUCUGCACGUUUGAUAUGGGCUUAGAUGAAGAGGUCGCAUACAUACUCCCCGUGGACCCGGCUGGCCCAAAGGCCCAAACUUCGAAAUUCUUCGAUUCAUUCUCGACUGAUAUCGCGCUCUCUUACACCAAUAGCGGAGUUGUCAGGACAUGGACCGCCAAGGUCGAUCCGACGAAUGUCAAGAUUGACUGGCUACUACAAUCCACCGUUGAUACAGGAAUCACAAAUCCUGCGCUAGCUUCCGGUAGCUCUAUCCGGAAGGCAGCCCUCAUUGACGAGACAAAGACCCACCUCACUAUUUGGGAUACGAAUAACGCGCAACUCGAGUUUGAGGAACAUUUCGCUGCACAUGAUAUCAUUAGGGACCUGGACUGGACCUCAACACCAGACAAGCAGUCCAUUUUAGCCGUGGGAUUCCCCCACAAGGUCGUUCUCUUAUCGCAACUUCGCUAUGACUACCUGGAUUCACGGCCAUCAUGGACGCAAGUUCGAGAAAUUUGGAUUCGAGAUCUCACCCCCAUCCUAUAG